UGUUCGCCGGAGGAGCGAGAGGAGGGAUGGAGGCUGGGCCAGCGGAAUGCUACGUGUCUUGGAAGUCCCUUUUAAAAGCGCAUCGUCCUGUUCGAUGAAGGUUGCCAAAAGUUUGGAAAUUAAGUCGAGCGAGCGACACACUCCAGUCCUGAGGAGCGGUCCGAGCCCAAAGACUGGCGCAAAAUGUCCGGAGAGAAGAAGCCUCGAAACGAUCUCAACAGAUCGACCAAUGUGGUGUACCAGGCCCACCAUGUUAGUCGCAAUAAGAGAGGACAGGUAGUGGGGACCAGGGGAGGCUUCAGAGGCUGUACCAUCUGGCUCACCGGUUUGUCUGGUGCUGGGAAGACCACCAUCAGUUUUGCCCUGGAAGAGUACCUUGUCUCUCAUGCCAUUCCUUGCUACUCACUCGAUGGAGACAACAUUCGCCAUGGCCUCAACAAGAAUCUGAGCUUCUCUCCAGAAGACCGUGAGGAGAACAUCCGCCGUAUUGCUGAAGUGGCCAAACUAUUCGCUGAUGCUGGGCUAGUCUGUGUCACCAGUUUCAUCUCUCCUUUUUCCAAGGAUCGUAAUGAGGCCAGGAAAGUUCAUGCAGUUGCUGGGUUGCCAUUUUUUGAAGUGUUCAUUCAUGCUCCUCUGGAGGUGUGCGAGAGCAGGGAUGUGAAAGGGCUUUACAAGAAGGCUCGUGCUGGAGAAAUCAAAGGCUUCACUGGUAUUGACUCACAAUAUGAGCAUCCCGAGACACCAGAUUUGGUCCUAAAAACUGGAGAGCUCUCAGUGAAGGAAUGCCUUAAUCAAGUGUUGGACCUGCUCAAGGACAAGAAUAUUAUACCAAGUGGGAUCACGGACGAGGUGAAUGAACUCUUUGUUCCAGAGAACAGGCUGAAUCUUGCUCUGGCUGAUGUAAAUACACUUCCCACCAUCAAUAUCACCAAGUUGGAUCUCCAGUGGGUGCAGGUGUUGUCAGAGGGAUGGGCGAGCCCUCUGAAGGGCUUCAUGAGGGAGCGAGAGUUUCUUCAGGUCCUACACUUUGGCAAUCUGCUGGAUGGUGGAGCCAUCAACAUGACUGUUCCCAUUGUCCUGCCUGUUAGCACUGAGACUAAGCAGCUUUUGGAGGGCUCUCCGGCUGUUGCAUUGCAGUACCAGGAUUCUCGUGUGGCUGUUCUCCGGAACCCGGAGUUCUACCCACAUCGUAAGGAGGAGCGCUGUGCCAGACAGUGGGGCACCACCUGUGCACAGCACCCUUACAUAAAGAUGGUUAUGGAAGGAGGUGAUUGGCUGGUCGGUGGCGACCUGGAGGUACUGCAGCGAAUCAAAUGGAAUGAUGGACUUGACCAGUACCGUCUUACUCCACUGGAGCUCAAGCAGAAGUUCAAAGAGAUGAAAGCAGAUGCAAUAUUUGCAUUCCAGCUGCGCAACCCAGUCCACAAUGGCCACGCUCUCCUCAUGCAGGACACCAAACGCCGUCUGUUGGACCGAGGCUACAAAAAUCCUGUCCUCCUCCUGCACCCACUUGGCGGCUGGACCAAAGAUGAUGACGUGCCUCUAGACUGGAGGAUGAAACAGCAUGCAGCUGUCCUAGAGGAGGGUGUCCUGGACCCAACCAACACCAUUGUUGCUAUCUUCCCCUCGCCAAUGAUGUAUGCUGGGCCCACAGAGGUACAGUGGCACUGUAGGUCACGGAUGAUUGCCGGAGCAAACUUUUACAUUGUUGGUCGUGACCCUGCAGGAAUGCCCCACCCGGAAACAAAACAGGACUUGUACGACCCCACCCAUGGGGGUAAGGUCCUUACUAUGGCACCAGGGCUGACCUCUGUGGAAAUCAUCCCUUUUAGGGUAGCUGCUUACAACAAGACGAAGAAAGCCAUGGACUUCUACGACAAAGACUGUCACGCUGACUUUGAGUUCAUCUCUGGAACCAAGAUGAGAAACAUGGCCUACAAAGGCGAGAACCCUCCAGACGGUUUCAUGGCACUGAAGGCCUGGAAGGUUUUGGUCGAGUACUACAGCAUUGUUCAGAAUGACAAGUGAAGAAAACGUACCUCAGCUCAUCAGUCACCAGCGCACAGCCAAGAGAGGGCGAUGAUGCAACCUGGAUUUUAGAAAGAUUUCCAUUUGAUGCUGUACAAUUUAAUCAACAAAUUUAAAUCAGUAAAAUUGAGUCGUUUUAGUGGAGGUGGAUGUUUGGAAAUCAAAAUGACUCAUUUUACGUAUGUGCUUAAAGCAUUACAUAUUUAAUUCCUGUCAGAUUGUGAUAUACUGUAUAAAUACAUUGUUUGUUUUUAAUGCCUAUUAUCUUAAACUAUAUAAUUUAAUAAAAAAUAAUUACUUUUUAUGUUUAAGAGCACAUUCCAAAAUUGGAAAUCAUAUUUCUACUUUUCCAAAUGAUUAUUAUGUUUAGAUAAACAGUAAUAUCUGGAGGACACGUGAUCCACCACAUUUUAUGAUUUGCAUUUAUAUCAUUAUGUAGUUGUUUUUAUUACUUGAAUGGAAGUUCCCUACAGUGCCUUUUAGCAAUACACAAUGCAAAUGAAUUCAUCAUCUGAAUGUUUAAAAUUACUGAAAUGUAGUUUAAUAGAUUUUUUUAUUCUACAAGUGCAUGUCUCAAAUGUCAGCAUUGUAAUAGAAGUAUUUUCUAAAUUAAUGCAUUUUGUGUGAAAUUUCUUCUCCAAUCUGAUGUGAAAAGGGCAUGUGAAUUCAUUUAUUAAAGACAUGACGUUUUUACAAG